UUGAAUUGAUUCUCUAGACCCGGAGACCCACUGUUUCUUCCGUUUUUCUUCUCCCUUCCUUGUUUUUGUUUUGGUCUGGUUUUUCUUUUCCCUUCGAAAGGUCGUAUUUUUGAGUUUUUUGCUCAGCAAUAAAAAUCCCAGCACGAGUUUCUCCUGGCGAAAGCAGGCAUUUCAUUGUAAAUGGGUGUUCGGGAUUUGCUCCUGCUUUCUCUCUGUUUUCUGCUCUUCUUGCCUUUGCGCGGUUCUGCUCUUCCGGUCCCAAGAUGGCUGCUUGGGAAGAAAACGCAUGGAUCGGGUCUUGGAGCCAAGGCUGUUGGAUCUUCUGUUGCUUUUGAUCCGACCCGAGUUACUCAACUGUCUUGGAACCCCAGGGCUUUUAUCUAUAAGAGGUUUUUAUCUGAUGAAGAGUGUGAUCAUCUCAUCAAACUGGCGAGGGACAAGUUGGAGAAGUCCAUGGUGGGUGACAAGGAAACGGGAAAGAGUAAAUUGAGUGAAGCGCGGACGAGCUCCGGAAUGUUUCUGCAGAAAGCUCAGGAUGAAGUUGUUGCUAACAUCGAGGCUCGGAUUGCUGCAUGGACCUUUCUUCCUGUAGAAAAUGGAGAGUCAAUUCAAGUACUCAGAUAUCAGCAUGGAGAGAAGUAUGUGCCUCAUUAUGAUUAUUUUAUGGACAAGGUCAAUCGAGAACAUGGUGGCCACCGAGUGGCUACUGUCUUGAUGUACUUGUCUAAUGUUGAGAGAGGCGGGGAAACAGUGUUCCCCUAUUCAGAGGCCCAAAUGUCUCAAUCAAAGGAAGAUGGCUGGUCUGAUUGUGCAAAAGAAGGUUAUUCUGUGAAGCCGAAGAAGGGUGACGCUAUGUUAUUCUUCAGUCUCCAUCCCGAUGCAACCCCAGACGAUACUAGCUUGCACGGGAGCUGCCCCGUCAUUGAGGGUGAGAAGUGGUCUGCGACCAAGUGGAUCCACGUCAAGUCCUUUGACAAGCCGUUCAGGUCGAUCACCGUCGGGGAAUGCAAGGACGAAAACGAGAACUGCGCGUUGUGGGCGAAGGUCGGCAACUGCGAAAAGAACCCUCUCUAUAUGGUGGGCUCCAAGGACGCAUACGGGUCCUGUAGGAAGAGCUGCGGGGCCUGCUCAUCCUAG